GGGGGAGCUCUGAUAAUAGCAUCAAAAGGUCCAGUUAGUACGGAGUACCCAGGGUCGUGCGCACCUCUUGGGCGACCCGACCGCUUUUCCGUCACCUUCGUCGUCCUUCCCUUCUUCUUUUCGUAUCAAUCCGACCAUCUGCUUUUUCCUUCUCGUCUCUCCAAACCACGCACACACACCAAUCCCACCACCUCUUUCUUGACAGCCCAACGGUUCUCGAGCUGCGUCUUCGUGAUCUGACAGCCCAGUGUAUAGAACAGACAUCAAACAUGGCGGCACAAGGAGUCAAGAGCGCCCUUCCCACGCACCUUAAGCCGGGCACCAACGACGAUACCGAGUUCGCCAAGAGGCAUCAUGGCAAGACAAGAUCCCACAUGGCCUUCGAGAACACCUCGACCAACAUCGCGGCCGCCCAAAUGCGCAAUGCGCUUACGAACCUGGCCGAGACUGUGAAGGACCCGGAGCAGAAGAAGUUGUUCGAGACCGAGAUGGACAACUUCUUCACGCUUUUCCGCCGGUACCUGAACGACAAGGCCAAGGGCAACGAGGUUUCAUGGGAUCGCAUUGCGCCUCCUGCCGAGGGCCAGGUUGUCGACUACGACGAUCUUCCCAACUCGGAAGCCGUCCAAUUCCUCAACAAGCUGGCAGUGCUGAAGCUCAACGGCGGCCUGGGUACCUCUAUGGGUUGCGUCGGCCCUAAGUCGGUCAUCGAAGUUCGCGAUGGCAUGUCCUUCCUCGACAUGUCGGUCCGCCAAGUCGAGUACCUCAAUCGCACAUAUGGCGCCAAUGUCCCCAUCGUCCUGAUGAACUCGUUCAACACGGACGAGGAUACCGCCGCUAUCAUCAAGAAGUACGAGGGCCACGGGGUGGACAUCCUCACCUUCAACCAGUCCCGCUAUCCCAGAAUCUACAAGGACUCCCUCCUCCCAGUGCCCAAGUCUUUCGACUCCCCCCUUCACGACUGGUACCCGCCGGGACACGGCGACGUCUUCGAGUCCCUGUACAACUCGGGCACCCUGGAUAAGCUGCUUGAGCGCGGCAUCGAGAUCAUCUUCCUUUCCAACGCCGACAACCUUGGCGCCGUCGUCGACCUUCGUAUCCUCCAGCACAUGGUAGAGAGCGGGGCGGAGUACAUCAUGGAGCUGACAAACAAGACCAAAGCCGACGUCAAGGGCGGUACCAUUAUCGACUAUGAAGGCAGCGUGCGUCUGCUCGAAAUCGCUCAGGUCCCCAAGGAGCACGUCAAUGAGUUCAAGUCGAUCAAGAAGUUCAAGUACUUCAACACCAACAACAUUUGGAUGAACCUCCAUGCCAUCAAGCGCGUGGUGGAGAACAACGAACUCGAGAUGGAGAUCAUCCCCAACGGCAAGACCAUCCCCGGUGACAAGAAGGGCGAGUCGGACAUCAGCAUUCUGCAGCUCGAGACGGCCGUGGGCGCCGCCAUCAAGCACUUCAGGAACGCCCACGGCGUCAACGUGCCGCGCCGCCGUUUCCUGCCCGUCAAGACCUGCUCAGACCUGAUGCUCGUCAAGUCGGAUCUGUACACUGUUAAGCACGGCCAGUUGCAGAUGAGCGCCAACCGCUUCGGAGACGCCCCGCUCAUCAAGCUCGGCAGCGACUUUAAGAAGGUGUCCGACUUCCAGAAGCGCAUCCCCAGUAUCCCCAAGAUCAUCGAGCUCGACCAUCUCACCAUCACGGGUGCCGUUAACCUCGGCCGCGGCGUCACCCUCAAGGGCACCGUCAUCAUCGUCGCGACUGAGGGCCAGACGAUCGACAUCCCGCCGGGCUCCAUCCUGGAAAACGUCGUCGUCCAGGGUAGCUUGCGCCUGCUCGAGCACUAAGCGGUGCUCUCCUUGGGAGCAGCGGUGUUCCUAUGCGUCAUCGGCAUGUCGGUGAGGCGGGCUUACUCUUUCUUCUGCGUUCUU